UGAAGGACAUGUUAGUUAAAAAAAAGUUUGUUUUAUUUUUGACAUGAAGUUUUCUUUGCACAACGAAGAAACCGACAUUUAGAAACUGGAUUAUUAUGGAUAUUAUUGUAACGGUACUUCUUGUCGGAUCGCUGAUACAGCUUGCUAAAACAGAGAACAUUACAACGACCGAAAUGCCAGAAAUUGAAGGAUGUCGUUAUUUGGAUGCCUAUUCAGUUGAUUGCUGGUGGAAACUACCAAGUACAAAUAAGCAUACAGUAUACAGGUUGUCAUAUAUUCUACACUCGGACCCGAUCUCGUUCAAAGGUUUUCAUAAUUGUGAGCCAACACAUAGGACAGUCAACUCCAAUGGUGACAUCAUAGAGCAUUGUGAGAUCACUGACGGAGCUCGUCCGUACAGCAGACUUAAGAUAUUUUUAACUGUUCAAUGCAACCAGAACAUAAGCUGUUCGAACGCCACAAGUACGCCAGUGGAUUUUUUCUGCGACCCGAACAACGUUCUACUGCAUGUUCCACCACGCGAUUUCCACUUGGAAGUAGGUAGCCAGCAGUUAACAUGGUCGCAGCCGGACAGAGAUAAUUCUCUACUAAGUUUUGUAAUGAAGAUUGCAAAAAGCGCAAGGUACAAGCUUGUGUAUACCAAAUGGACGGGAAGGGAACCUAACCAUUCAAUAAAUAAUUGGAAGGUUUGGUACAUCGGCAACGCAACCAGCUUCUACUUGCCUACCCUUGUACCAGGAGCCCAUUACGAAACUAAGAUAUAUGCGGCGUUAGUUGGUAAACAUGAAAAGCUGGGCAAUGAAGUUUGGGGUCCUCCGUCAAACACAAUCAAAUUUACAGCCCCACGACUGACCAUAAAACACGUGGAACCAGAUUCGACCACAGCCACUUCAACUUCAUACCGGCAUACCACAGGUCCUGGAACGGCCUUGCCGACAAAGUUCGCCGAAAGUACAUUAACACAGACCGUCUCCGUGACAGUGACCCUCCUUUUCCUCGUAGCUUUAGCAUCCGUGCUUGCUUACUAUCUGGUGUACAAGAAGUACUGCUGCUGUUGCCCGAACCGAGUUAAAAUCCCCAGGCCUUUGCUGAUGAUUGAGCUCGAGACUCUCAGAGUACAAGACUCGCAACAGCAGGGCGACGGCGACAGUGUGCAUGAUAUUCCUGACGAGAUACCAAUGACGUCACUCCUCGUUCCUAAAAACAACGUGUCCAACGGUGACGUCACGAAUCACUAUAGCAACCACACCACUCACAGUCUGCGACUGCAUGUGGAAAACGAAAAACACAACACCGGCGGAAGACAACGAAAAGCCUCGGUGCCUGAUAGUGACGUAACGAAUGACGUCAGCAGCAAUGACAUCGAAGAAUCGGAAAAGAUUGACCCAAACGGCAACAGAACUGAACUGGGGCCAAGACUAACUGUUGGGUUUCUACCCCACGAACCCGCAUCGGGUGACGUAUACGGGGAAAACCCUUCAAGUCCCACGAGCCCUACUAGCCCGACAAGGAACGGUUUAAACGCACCAAGUGCACCAAGUGUGCCUGGUACAAGCGGUGGCAGAACUCUUAGCUCUAUGGGAGAGAAGAUGUUGGGCUUUUCCAACGGCGACCAUUUUACAUCGGAAACAACAAGAUAUAAUGUUCCAAAAAACUUCGAAAUAAACCCGGGAUGCACUAAAAGCGAUACUGGAGAUGGAGGCGUCACAGAAACUCGACUAAGUUAUAACACAAGCGACCAGACGAUGGAUUACGUCAUCGAGGACAGUCUGCAUGGUCAGUUCGGUAGUUUUGAUGAAAAACAACGGCAGUGGAACGACCAUUCUGUUACUGGAAAGAGAACUCCGCUACCGGAUUACGUGAAGCAUAGUUCUGGUGGGACAGCAGUUGCUCCGAUCACCUUAAACCUCUACAGGGCAACUGAGGUUCAGCGACUACCGCUAAAGACUGUAUACUGCAAUGAUGACGACCCCGGACAUAAUUGCCAAUGCAUUGCGUCGCUGGAAGGUGUAGAGAAAUCGAUCCAGCUUCUACUCAAAGCCACAUGUCCUUUAUGUGAUAAACCAGUACAUCUGCGCAUUGAAGAUUGCGAGAACAAUGCUGAAGAUGACCACGCGGCCAGAAGAGAGUCGUCGUCAUCGCGGAACUCCGUAGAUUCUGGUUACAGCCCUGAUUCUCCGAUGACGCUUUGAUAAUUGAUUACAAGAAACUAUAUUGCUCGAAAAAGUGAUGAACGCUUUGCGACGGUGUGUGGUGAAAGUGCCACAGUCGAUGGGAAGUCUAGUUGAUACUUAAGGUUUACAUGAACUACAUAAACCUUUGUGGAAGCCGCUGGCGAAAAGUUUCAUCCCUGACAGGGCAACCCGCCCCCGUCAUCUGUUCCUUUUUAAUCAAAAGUUUCAAUUGUUAUUUUGUUUCUUUCGCGCGCUUCUCUUCCAAUUUACAAAGACGUCCACUGUUCUGAAACCAGGCGCUAACUUCUGCGGCUGGGGAUGCGCAUGAACUCUCCUCCAAGCUGGAAUUAAUUAUUAAGUCUUAACGAAAUCGGCUUACUGUACGGACAGGAAUAAUUCAUAAUUAUUUUCUAGAGCGCUAGCCUGAUAACUUUGGAUGCCACAAAUCUGCUAGUAAUUCCUAACCAAUGUCCCGAAAUUAAGCAGAAUUCGAAAACAUUCCGUUCGUUUGUUUAGGUAUUUGAGCGCUUCUAUAUCGUGGAACGACUGUCGCGUGUUUUGAUGCGGUGUCAACUAAUCUGACCGCGAGUACACACUGCGUGUUUAAGUUAAUUUUUAUUCGGCUCACUGUAUAUACAAACAGAGGGUUAUAGUGCAUUGGAACGCCGUCGUCUAAUCACUAUUGUAAAUUCGGCGAAUGAGCAAAGGUAUUCGGUGAGGCAGCUUCGUACGCCUCGGGCGAGCUGUGCCGCUGUUAGAUAAACACGGCGCAUGUUCAACAAUUAUACCGAUGGCUCUACUUGCACAGGAAAACUUAUGUAGCUGGAAUUCGUUCUGGUUUCGCGCACGAAUUACAUCUGAUGAUAUAUGUGGGUCCGCUUUUUGCUUUUACCUAUCGCCUAUAUACCCUUUAUAACAUAGAGCCAAACGUACAUGAAUUUUUCGUGAACUAAUGGAUAGAGCAUUGGUACUGAUUGUAUAAUAAACGAAAUCCUUCCAGCAAA